UGGCACAUGCUGCAGGUGGGGCUCAGCCCGCCCCGCUGCCCCGGGGCCGCGGCCGCCGCCUUCCCCAUGGCCGAGCCGGCCGCGGGCGAGGACACGGGCACCGGGCGAGAGGUGCUCGGCUCGUCCCCGGUCACCAUCGUGGUCACGUCCGAGGAGGCUGACAGCUGGGACAUCGACACCUCCUCGUGCCGGGGCUGCGGGCACUUCGUGGACUGGGACAAGAUGCCGGAGCCGCAGGGCCCGGCGCAGAUCCCGCGGGACGUGCUGGGCAGGCCCCCGAAGGAGCUGAAGAGGCUGGCGAGGGAAGGCUGCUGGGCCCGGAGCCACGCGGGCCGGGCCGGCUCUACCCCCGGCUCAUCCAGCGGGUCUCCUGCCGCCUCGUCACCCCCGACGCGCUCGUCCCCUGCUGCCGGCGCUGGCGGCGCUGCUGCUGCACUACAGCGAGAGGACGAGGCGCAGUGCUUCGAGAGCCUCUCGCGCCUCAUCGCCAGCAACGCGCCCACGCCGCAUACAUCGACCAGUCCUUCCUGGCCCACCAGGCCUCCUGCAUGA